AUGGACACUUUGUUCAGCAAUCUCAACACCAAGUAUGAUGCUGUUGCCACUCAUGUGAAGAAACUAGAGACUCAAGUCACUCAAACUAUGGAAGCUGUUAAGAGACAGGAAGCUGAAUCCAAGAAGUCCUUUUGCAACUCAGCCGCCAUAGAAGAAAGAUUUGAAGACCAAGUUCCAGAAUGGAUGCUUUCAAAACCUACUGUUGAUUGCAUGAUUUGGCCUGAAGAGAAUUACCCAGAGAGAGAGUCCAAUCGAGCUAGAAAGAGAAGACUCUUCCCAAAGAUUAUCCCCAAGACUGAUAACUCAGGAAAGUUUGCUGUGCCUUGUAUCAUCAAAGGUAACAUUCUUGAGCAAUCUUUGUGUGACACAGGAGCCAAUGUGAACAUCAUGUCUAAGAGGAUAGCUGACAAGAUAGGCCUCACCAAGAUAGAGCCAUCAUCCAUCUCCAUCAACUAUGCUGAUUCAUUCUCACAAACCCCCUAUGGCUUUGUGCCUAAUGUGAUGGUGCAGAUUGGAAAUUGCUCUAUCCCUACUGAUUUCCAGAUUGUGGAAAUGAGAGAGAGUAGCCAUAGACCUCUCAUAUUUGGAACCCCUUUCCUGUCUACUGUGGGUGCCAUAUUUGAUUUCCCCAAUCAAAGAAUCUCUUUCAACAAGGUGAACAAGGGUCUUUUGGAGCAUUCUGGAGCAUAUGGGACAGAGGAGCAUGGAGGGACUUGGCACAUGGACGCAGCUCAACUGGAUACGCAAAGGAAGAAGGAGAAGCCAUCUUGA